CUUCGGAGUCCGUAGCCAUUCUAAGACCCGUCUCCGACUCUCGCAGUCAUUUCUCUAUCCCGGUCCUGCCUGACGGUCCCGCUCGCAGCUCGCCUCCUGCAGACUCAAGGUCGGGGGACUGAGUUUCCCCGGGUUCUGCAGCAGAGUUCCCGCCAGAGAUGCCCGGAAGGAAAGCGCGUAAGAACGCGCAGCCGAGCCCUACGCGGGCCCCGGCAGAGGCCGAAGUUGAGUGUGCCCUUCAGUUAAGGAGAACUGGAGACAAACUGAAUUUCCGGCAGAAACUUCUAAAUCUGAUUUCCAAACUCUUCCACCUCGGAACCUGACUGUUUCAGAAGCCUUCCAAUGAGGAGACUGCUUUCUAGUGGGAGUUGCUGUGUUUCAUCUGUCACAGGAGGGAUUUGCCUUAUUAUGGAGAAGAAGGUGAAGGAAGGAGCUCUCAGCUGCUUUCCGAUGCCCUUGUUCAUGAAGACGGAACAUGUUUCCGAAGUCAUUCUUUGGGAUGACCGAACAUUGUAAAACUGGUUUGUUCAUUUUAAAGCAAGGAUGGAAAGGCAUUGAAAAUAUGCAACGAACUGUUUAUACAUUUUUGGUUUUGCUUAGAGAAUCGUUCUGUUACUUUUUGGAAGGGUAAUGUCCAGCCUAGUGUAAGAGGAGUUCAUAAAUGACUAGUGUGGGGGCGGGGGCCAAGAAAUGGAAUAUGUUCCGUGUUUGUUACUAUGGGUUCACAGCUCCAGGACGAUGUAUAAUAUUUGGUUGAUACAUAUUAUCUUGUUCACAGUAAAAAUGUCGUCUGAGAACACUGAAUGUCACAGUGAAUGCUGGUGUUAUAGGUCACUACAACAUGUAAAAUAAUUAGAUAAUUUUCUUUUGUCUCAGAAUGCAUUGCUUCUGUUCAAAUGACCUCUCAUUAAAUGUUUUCCUUUUGGGUUUAAUAGGAAAGUAUGUAAUUUGAAAAUAUUUGACCGAAGUGUGAGUAUUGGUGCCAGUAAAAUUCUUACAGGUUUAAUAUUAAAAGAUAGAAAGCAUGGGGAUUUUGGAUAACCAUGGAUAAUUUUAAAAAGCAAAUUGGACUUUUUACUGCUAUAAUUAACUUAGGAAAACAAAUAUCUAAACUAAGAAAAUGUUUCUGAAGAAGUUUCUAAAAUCUGUAAAAUGCUGUUUUUCAUACUCAUCAAUGUGUACUGUAUAAAAACUGAUUUUUUAAAGCAAAACUAAACAUGUUUUCAUAAUUGGGAUAUACAUAAAAAUUUUUAUGUUUACUCACAGUUUACAUUAGUUUUAUUUUGUAUUAGUUUCAGGGGUAUAUGAUAUACUUUUUUUUUAAAGAGGAAUAGGUAGAUUCCAUAUAUAUACAUGAGAUUUUUAUUCUGGAUAAGCAAUAUAUAUAAAAUUUGCAUUAAAGUAAUAUGUAGAUUCAGAGAAGGGUUUCAGUCAUUUCAUUUUUUAAAAGAAAGUCCCCAAAUAUAUAUUAAAACACGAUUGCAUUUCAUAAAGAACCUUAUUUAUUUUACCUAUUUAUAAUUAAAAUAUUUUUGUUAAGUUUAAAAAUUUUCAGUAGUUACAGUUUUAGGUCACAAGAUAAAGUUUUUGUUAUUUUUUUUAAAGACGGGUUUUAUAACUACUUGAACCUCUACAUUAAAAAUGUUUUAAUAUAGGUCAGUUAUUUUCAACCUUUUCCAUUUCAUGGCACACAUAAACUAAUGACUAAAAUUCCUCAGCACACCAAAAAAUAGAUAUUUUCUGCUGAUCUGACCAAAAAUAGGUAUACUUUUGAGUCAUUCAACUGGACAGCUAUUGUUGUGUUGGCUGUCGUAAUUUUUUUCAUUGGACAGUCUAAGAGGGAAGAGGUCAGUGCCCCUGACUAAAAUAGUAAGGUAUUGCAUGUUUUAAAAAUUCUUGUGGCACCCUGGUUGGAAAUUGCUGAUAUAGGCUAUAGUCACUUUAGAUUCAAAGGAAAAUACCUCAGUAUCUACUUUCCUUCAGUAUUACUUAUGGCUGUUUGUAUAGUUGCAAAGAUUUUAUUGUGUGUGUGUACCUAGUGGUAGAUGUCUUUUGCCAUAUGGAUAUUUAUGGUCUGUUUGUAUAUUUAUACAUGUGUAUAUACACAUAACUGGAUGCUAUAGCUAUAAACCAUUAAAAGUUAUCACUAUUCUUUUCUGUGUUUAUUUUUUUUACUAUGUAAGCUACU